AUGAAUGAUUUAUUUACCAUAAAUUUAAAAUCUUCAUAUAUAACUUGUGGCAUUCUGGCUCCAGUAACAAAUUCUAUUGUAGUAUCAAAUCCUUUACAAAUAAUAAAUUAUUCAUCAGAUAAAACAAAUGGUACUCAUGAUUAUUUAACAAAUGAUGAUGUUACAGCAUUAUCUUUAUCAUUUGAUUCACGAUUCAUUGCAUAUUCUACAGAAGUUAUUAGAAUAUAUGAUAUAGAAUCGAAAAAAAUUAAAAGAACAUUAUCAGGUCACAAUUUUCCUGUUGUUUCUAUUUCAUCAAAUCACAAAUCGUCAUAUAUAUGGGCUUCAGCUUCAUCAGAAGAUGGAAUGGUAAAUGUUUGGGAUAUUCGAUCACAUCCUGCCUGUUGUUUUUCAAAAAAAAUUUCUAAAAUUAUUAAUUGUGUCUCUUUUUCUCCGGAUGAUUCUCUUUUAGCUUGUGGUGGUGAUCAAUUAAUACUUUUAGAUACUGUCAAUUUCCAUACUGUUCUUGUUUUUCCUAACAAUCUUCCAUCAUUAAUUACCUCACUUUAUUUUAAUCCAUUUGAAUAUGUUAUGCUAACAAGUAGUACAGAUAAAGUACUAAGAUGUUAUGAUAUUGAAACAAUGGAAUGUAUUUCACAAUCAAUACCAUUUCAAUCACCAAUAAGAGGAAUUCAAUUUGAUUUAAAUGGAGAUUAUGUUUUUGCAGCAACGGAUAAAAAUUUGACAUUAAUGACAUUUGAACCAUAUGAGAUUAUUAAUGUUAUUUCAUUAACAGACAAUAUAAACAGAGAAAAUAAUAUGCAACAGACACUUGAUUUUAUAAUUAAUCCUCUUGAUACAAGUGAAAUUAUGAUUCUCAAUUGGGAUGAAAAAAGAAAUAUUACUGUUAAAAAUUGUUCUAUAGUAGAAUUAUUUACACCUCAUCCAAAUGAACUUAUUAUACCAGUUAAUGGGGAGGAAGAAAAUUGUAGUAAUUUAUUAUCCCCAGAUGAGGAAUCACUCAAUUCAAUACCCAGUUUACCAUCACCACCAAUUAUUGAAAGGGAUGUAAUGAAAGAAUCAUUAUCUAUGAAUGAUCUAGAUAUACCACAAAUAAAUAAAGUACAAUCUUUACGAAGAAUUUCACCAUCACCCACUCAAACACGACGAACAACACCAAUAUCAAUGCAAAGAAAACCCUCUCCUGAUAUAAUAAUAAAAACGAAAUCACCUAGUAAUAUUGUGAAACCUAGAACACCAUCAGUACCUAAAUCUUCUGUAAAUAUUUCGAGCAGUACCAAUAAAAUAAAUAAAUAUAUUACCAAAGAUUGUCGUUCAAAAUCAAUAUCAAGUUUAAAAAGGGAAUCAUUAUCUACAUCAUCUUCAAAUACAUCUAUACAAAAUAAAAAUUCAUCAAAAAUUUCAGUGACAACAAUAAUAAAAAAACCAAUUAAUAGAAGUUCAUCUAGUAAUAUUAACAAAAUUAAUGAUAUUUCAACUAAAGCAAAAGUUACAACACGACCACCAAUUAUUCCAACAGAAGCAUCUUCAACUACAUUAUUUUCUAAAUUUCAAACAAUUCAAACAAAAUGUGAAGCCGAAAAUAAAGGAAUGUUACGUGAACUUGAAACAGUAGUUUCAUUGGUAAAAAAUGGUGGAUUAAAAAAACUAUUAUCUCAACGUAUGACAUUCUCAAAGACGAACUCAAUGGGUAUUGUAUUUCGUGAACUUCUUAAUAUGGAAUCUCUGUGGUCACUUCAAACUUGUGAAUUGGCAAUACCUCAUCUUACUAAUUUAUUGUCUUCACAAAAUAAGGAAAAUAUUGAUAUAGGAUUAGAAACAUUAAAAUUUAUAGUUACAGAAUAUGUGCCAAUAAUUCUUGAAAAUUUAAACAUACCUGAAGAGUAUAACUUUCGUGGAGACAUUGUAGGAGCAGAAAGAAAAGAACGUUCCAUAACCUGCCAUCAACGUCUUCUUCAACUUUUUUUAAAUAGUUCAUUUUUAAAAGAAAGAAUGACUAAAGAACAACAAUGUUACUUUCAAGAAAUUAUAGAUAAAUGCGGGUUGGAUAUUAAUUAA